AUGACGCCAUCACUGGGACUUUCCGGAUACGUCAUUCGGGGCUUCCGAGUUAUUAAGCUAGCUCUACCUCUGUGUUCAUGUCGUUAGACACUGUAAACGUCGCCUCGCUGCUCUGGAGUACAUGCCAAUAGAGACCAUGAAAACGCCAAAGGCUCCCUCCAGCGCCGAAAGGUUUGGAUAUUGAAACGUCGGUGUCGGGAGCGACGGUCGGACCAAGAAGCGGAAUGUCAACAACGCGGCCCCUCCUCGGGAUGAGACGAGUCACCGAGGUAACGUGCGCUGAGCAGCCGACCAGCAGGCUCCCUACGUCGGCCGGAAGGCAGCUGGUAGAGGGCCCCACUGUGGACGAGUUUACGGUGCUAGAGGAGAAACAAGACGAGCUGAUAUGUGCCAAGCCUCGAGUGGAGCAGGUUUUUAAAGUAACAUUCACCAUCAUCGGUCUGUUGGACCACACGGGACAGCCGCGAGGCAGCAAAACAACACGGCAGAUAUGGCUGCAGCUCAGAGGAAACAGAGACGACGUGUCAAAGGCAAAGGAAUAUGUUCGAGGACUCUGUGACCCAGAACUACAGAAAGAAGAGAGGUACCCAGCGGACAUGCACUGUAUUUUUGCUGGUGCCCGGGGCCUCUUCCUGGACAGGCUCAUACGCGACACAAGUGCUGAAGUUGUGGUGCCUGAGCCGGGCCGCCUGCGGUUGUUGGGCCGGGCUGAACCCGUAGUGAUGGCCCAGAGCAGAGUUCAGCAGUUUGUAGCACUAUUCCAGGAAAAGCAAAGUCUGCCAAGUGACAGAGAGCCCACAGUGAAGCGAGCGUUCAAGUCCUUUGUGGAGGAAAGGGAUGACAAGUACACUAUGGAGCUUCUUCUGCUGCCCAGUGCCCUGAAGGAAGAGUUACUGGGACUGGCUCAUAGCCCCACUACCACAAACACAUCCUCCCUGAUGCUGCAUCCCAGCAUGGCAGAGGUCGACCAGGACCGCUCACAGAGCAGCACCCCUGUGACGGAACUCUCCAACCGCAUACUCGGCACCAGCUUUGAGGAGAGAGGGAGCGGCGCAGCAUCUGUCGGCGGAGGUGGUAAAGCAGGAGCAGCGAUAGGCUCGGGUCCCGAGGCCGUCGUGCUCAACGGCACUCGGCCCUCGCACAAGCGGCGCUCGUCUGAGAGCGAGACUCGCGACACAAAGAGACAGUACUCCCUGGAGCGGAGGGACGAGUCGCCGGAGAGAGCGAGAGAGAGGGAGCGACAGAGGGACAGAGAGGGCCAGGGGGGCAGUAGCAGCUGCAGAUCCAAAACCCCCUCGGCUUCAUCCUCCUUCUCCUCCUCCUCCUCCUCCUCCUCCUCCGCCUCCUCCUCGGGAAAAGCAAACACAGUGGUCGGUGCGAUCAUGUUGGACUCAAGUGAAGGAGUGUCAGACGACGGGGAGGCAGUAAGCCCGGAAACCAACCUCCGCUGCUUGGUCAAUUUCUUCAGAACCAUGGGUUACCAGCAGGAAGUGGUGGAGCGCGUCGUCAAGGAGACGGGACAGACGGAAGACACCUUCCUCGUUCUGGAGAAAAUCGUUGAGGAAACCAAACGUUGUGAAGAGGGGUCAAACGGAGGGGAAAAAGAGAGACGAUUGAACUCUGUGCGCUCUCCAGACACUCCCUCCUCAUCGUCAACCUCCUCCUCCUCCUCUAUGGCCUCUCGAUUCAGAGAGAAGGAGCGCGAGCUGAGCAGAGUGUUUGUAGACCAGGGCAGGUCUAAAGAGAACAUUAAGCCCAACCAGCGUGGAGGCAGUAGCAACGGUCUGGGCCACCGAAGGCAGUGCAGCGGCAGUGAAACCAGCACUCAGCAGGCAAUCACCAUCAAGAGGAGCUCUAGUGCUCAAGGAGGAGCAGGAAAUUACGAGAUUAUUACCAUUGACGACGACGAUGACGUCGUCCUCAUGAAUAGCAAAACAGCGGAUAGUCGGACGUCCCGGAUGAUGACAGUGCCACAUCUGGACACCCAGUCCGGAUCCAGAACAGACUACUUGGCGCGGGGAGGCGGCGGCGUCUCACAGAGGGACUACCUGUCGAGGGGUGGGACUCAGACUUUGGGGGGAUCAGUGAAAGUUGAGACUGUGACGGCGCUGCGCAGCACGCCUCAGUGGUUCACGGCCACCACCACCUCGUUAACUUCGACCCCCAGUUCAGCUCAGCCCAUCACCCGGCCCUUGGCCUCUCCCUAUCAGACCAUCAGCCACAUGGGGUUCCAUGCCAGGACUCCUCCUGCAAACGACCCCCCCGCGCCCCCCGUGACCGGUUUAUCUCGUUUCCAUCAGUCGCUGCGGACUCCAUACACUCUGAAGUUGCCGAAUGAGCCGGGACGACAGGAGCUCAGACACAUCAUCAUAGACGGCAGCAACGUGGCUAUGGCUCACGGCCUUCAUCGGUUCUUCUCCUGUCGAGGAAUAGCGCUGGCUGUGGAGACCUUUUGGAGGCGGGGUCACAGGGAGAUCACAGUCUUUGUCCCCCAGUGGCGUCAGAAAAGAGACCGAUUCACAACAGAGCAACAUUUUCUAAACCAGCUAGAAGACCUGAGACUGCUCUCCUUCACUCCCUCCAGAGAGGUGUGUGGCCAGAGGAUAUCCUCACAUGACGACAGGUUCCUGCUCCACCUAGCAGAAAAAACAAAUGGGAUCAUCGUAACCAAUGACAACCUGAGGGACUUUGUCGACACCUCGGACACCUGGCGCAAGAUCAUUCAAGAGAGGUUGCUGCAGUUUACUUUUGUGGAGGACCACUUCAUGAUCCCUGAUGACCCUCUGGGGAAAAACGGACCUCAUCUAGACAUCUUCCUGCGUAGAGACAACAGGAGGGCUCCAGUCACUCCUCCCCCUCUGAGACCCCCAGACUUCCGGCCGUCCUCCCAGCAGCAGCAGCCGGUUUACGUCCAGGCCCUCCACUCCGCUCCUCGGACCCCCGCCUCCAUGCCGCCCCCUCAGUCCCUGACGCCCAACCCCACCGCACACUGGCCCCAUUCCGGACCCCCCGAAUGGCACCCGCCCCGCCGCUCCCCUUCGCCCUCGCCAUCGCCCCCUCCCCAGCGGUCGCCGGGGGAGACGUCGGAGCUGAAGAGAAAGCUGUACGACAUCUUCCCCGACCAGAAGCAGCGGAUCGACCGCAUCCUCAGCGACAACCCGUACAUGAGAGACCUGAACGCCCUGUCUGGGCUGCUGCUGGGAUAAAUAUCUGGCUCUAUGACAAUCGGCAGACACAGACAUAUGAACACAUAUGCAAGAAUAUACGUGUCGGCAUAAAAAAUAUUUAUUUCACCAUUUCUUCCAGCAUGGAGGUCAUGCGAGGAUUUUGAAUUUAAUAUUAUUUUCCAAUAGACUGAUCGUCAAAUCGUCAGCUGCUAUUCAACUAGUAUUUUUCUCGCCCUCCUCUUUGCUCUCAAAUUGAUUAAGGUGAACAACACUGGUAUCUACAGAAGCAAAAUGUUAACAAAUUGCCAUAUUUGUCAAGCAGUAAAGUCUUUUUUGUUCUGAUGAUCAUAAAUCAUUGCAGAUCCUUAACAACAGUCUGGAGGUUCCUUGAAUGUAGGACCAGCACUGGGAGAAAAAAUGUUUUGGACCAACAACAGUGAAACUGGUUAUACUGGUAACAGUGGCUCAAUUUCAGUUCUUGACGUGUUUCCUUUAAAAAACCUUGUUUACCAUCAGACUCUAACACGUCUCUGAAUAAUCAAGCUCUGAGAUUUUUAUGGAUACAAGUUGGGACAUAGACGGGUUUUGCAUGUUUUUAUGUUUUCAACACAUUAGUUAUACACUUGUUUUGUUCUGUAACCGUGAUGGGCAGUACCAAGUUUUUGAACUCAAUGUCAGUGAGCAGUUUCAGCAGCCAAUCGUCGACAGUACCACUUUUUUUUUGGCAGUGUUCUACCAGGAAACAUGAUGAGAUCACUAGCUUUAGCAUCAUAAAAUCACCAUUAGUGACAGGUAUUGUUGGACAGAAAUCCCCCAAAGCCAUAUUUGGAUAUAUGACAAAACUUAACACAUUAAUGAAAGACCUCUAGGCAUGUGUAAGGCCAGUUUUGUGAGGCUAUAUAGAUUGGCAGUUAUGACAAUGUGUAGUCCUCUCAUUAUUUCUGAUUUAGUUCACUAUAUGUUUUAUACAUGAUGUGUAACUACAGGCUGAUUUAUUCUCUAUCCCUUUGAAAUGUUACCUUUACAUCCUGGCCUUCACUCCGAAUGAUGCUUUCAUACAUCACCAAUUUUUUACCAAAUGUCAAAACAAUAACGACUAAAGAAAAUCAGCAUUCUUUUUCAGUCUUACAUCUUGUGUUUUAGAUUGAUAUCAUUGAGGAUGCUUUACUAUAGAAUGUCAUUUGGCAGAAAUUGGCUCAAUAAUCGGAAGGAAAUUCUAGCGUGUUUGAGUGCCAUCACUAUGACAUAACCUCGAUCUCAAUGUCAACAAAAACAUGUUCUCUGGCAGCCCUUUGAUGCUGCUCUUUAUAGAUUAUCUCUGAAAAUCUGCGGAAGAACUUGGGUGCUGAAACUGCAUUUGCUGCUCUGAUUUUAAAUUUGAUUGAAUCUGUCCCCAUCAUCAGUUGUUCCAGUUGGAUACUUUAAAACAUGCAUUUUCAGGAGGAUGCAGUCACUAGUUCUACAUAAGCAUUUUGUUAGGAGGAGAUACCUGCCUCAGCCUUUGGGCAAUGCGUUCAUCAACCACACUACAAGAGUUUGGAUUUCUCUUUUUUAUCCUUCAUUAAUUGAGUUAAAUUACCCACUUUAUUUUGAAAUCUCACACCAUACAUCUGCUCACCAGAAGAAAAUCUUGCAAAGACGACAGAUAUUCUUAUGUUACAUUUGUAAUUAGUGUUUAAUAGCUAAAUUGAAUGCACUGAAGGUAAGUAAUGGUGUAGUGAGUAAUACAAGGUUUCAUUGAUGAAUCGUCAGAGAUCUUGUGGUGUUUUUUACCCUCGUACAACCAGAGAAUGCGGGCCGCAGCUUGCAUAUAUUUGAUGUGCAUCUGAGUUUUGUAAUAUACACACACAUUUUAUCUCCUUGUAAGAAAAAAAAUCUCUGCACAAACAUUUUACAAGGUGUCAAAAAUUACAUUUUGUUCGUUGUAAGUUGUUGUAAGGAUUACUGAAGGAUUUUCUCUUUUUUUUUGUAUUAUAAUUCGUUUGUGUAUAUCGGUUUUUCUUUUUUGUAAAUACAAGCAUUUUUGGCUACGGUGCACAUAUGGUUUUAUGUAUGUGGGGAAAAAAGGAAAUAAAUACGGCAGUCCCCAUAAAACUCUUUUUGUGAGUGUAGUUUUGUGUUUGUUCACAUGUUCACUAAUCUGCGAUGUUUCAAAUAACUGUUUAUUGUAUUCAUUUUUCAGAGGCUACAAUACUGUGAUGACCAAAAGU